UCUCUCCGUUUCUGCACGACCCUGAAUCCCGAGAGGGUUUCGGACCUAAAUCUUCUCUCACGAUUCCUUUUUCUUUGAUUUCAUCCCUUUAUUUGCUUUUCUUCUAUCUUUGAUCCAUUCAUAAUGGGCGACCUUCUUCUACAUCUCCCUCAUACGCCGUCGUCCAUGUCGCCGCCCGUUGUAGAUCGACAACCACCCUCCCCGUCCUCUGCCAGCGACUUGACUUGUUUGAACACCCAAUCCUACUCUUCUUCCUUUACUGUUGAUCGCUUCAAGGAUUUUCCUUCUCAUCGCUGUCUGCAACUGGAUGCGGUGCAAACACAUUGGACAGAUGAGAAACACAGAUCAUAUCUUGGUUCUUUAGAAGCAUCUUUUGUUCAAGAGUUGCAUCAAUAUAGACGCUUGCAAGCUUUGUCCUCAAAACAGAAAAUGCGUUGCAGGCCGAGCAUGCCUCAUAUAUCUUCUUCAGAGGUGAGGCAAUACAUCCACAGCAAGAGUGGGAGAAAACAGUGUACUCUGGAGACUCCUGAUCUCAUUGAAGAAUCUGGAAGUUUUAGUGAUAGGAGACACUUAAGAAACACGAAAAACUCCUAUCGAUUUGCCAGAAGUUCACAGCAGAUCCCUCCAUGCUGUCGUGAGUCUUAUACAAUAAUUACAGAAGUUUCCGAUCAAAACUUUGUGGAUAAUCAUCCAGGAGAGGUGUCUGGUGGCAUGCCUACUGCAAAAAGAUUAAAGAAAGCUUCUUCUGAUUCUUCGGCCAAUGACCAGGUAGUACCAUAUAAACGACCAUCAUUAGAAAGAUAAAAGCCAGACGCCAUACUGUCUUCAGAACAUCCUCAAAACUUAAUGCCUCUAAAUUCAGAUUUGUGUUACUUUAUGAGAUGGAGCUGACAACAUUUCAUUCCAACAUGUGAAAAAUGGUCUGUUCAAGCUCGCUAGCCAAAUACGACAUGGUUUUGUUUUCGAUUCGAAAGAGCAUUGUAAAGAAAAUAAGGGAAAUGGCGGCCAUAAUUCUUGACCAGAAGAUGUGCAGCAAGGAGAAAAUAUGUUUGUAUAUGGUACAAACUAAACUUUUUCCUAGUUCAAAUAUUGAGUUAAAUAUAUGUUAACCCUUUCUUUUCUCCUGUUUUCCUUUUUAUUAGAGGUUGAAAAAAUGGAAAUGCUAAUAGGGUGUAGGUUAUUGAAUAUAGGUAGUAGUUAUACAGAAGCUAAGACACCUUGGUAGUGAGAUAGAUGCACACUUUUUUAGUUUGUUUCAAAUACUCUCGUUUUGAAGCUCUGUUAGGAAUCUCAAGUGUAAAUUAUUAUUAGGAGUCUUCCAACUGAAAUUUUCAUACAUGUUCAUACAACACCCUAUGUACGUUAUGUUACAUAACUUGUUUAUUAUUAUUAUUUCAUAUUUCAUUUUGACACUCA